UUCCUCAAUUUCCUUAAUGGGCAUGUGUUAUGAGGGGGCAAAAGUCACUCGAGGAUUUAGCCUCAGCAACAAAUGAAUCACUGGUGAAUAAUAAACCUGACUGUGGAGGAAGCAGGCACUAGGACCUCUAAGACGUUACGUCUGCAGAAGAGCCAAACGAGAGAGAAAUCAGGAAAUAACACUGAGGCAGUAUAACGACAGUAGUUUUCUGAGGGUGCUGCAGCUGCCCUGGGUGGUAACGCUCCGCUCCUCUGUUUGGACAGGAGUUUAUUGUCCACGAAUCUUGGGACUCGGCUCCAGAUUAAGCUGUGGUCAAACCUGUACCGACAUUAACACCAAGGACCUUGCAUGGACACUCCAGGAAGGUAACCGCUGCACCCUUGGACACGAGGCUUCCCCAGAGUGACUGUCAAUGCACUGACAAGCCAGCCAGCAUGUCAACAAAGCACUGGCCCCCGGGGACACAGUGCAUUGCCAAGCAUGACCACAGCAAGCCCAAGGCUCGUGAGCUGGCCUUCCACAAGGGCGACAUCAUCACCAUCAUCGAGGCCUGCGAGGGCAAAGGCUGGUACAGAGCCAAACACAACGACACUGGCGAGGAGGGGCUGCUUUCGGCCAGCUCUGUGCGGGAGCGCGAAGCCAUCCGUGUUGACCCCAAGCUCAGCCUAAUGCCCUGGUUCCACGGGAAGAUCUCUGGCGUGGACGCGAUUCAGGCGCUUCAGCCCCCGGAGGAUGGACUCUUCCUGGUGCGCGAGUCCAUCCGGCACCCCGGGGACUAUGUGCUGUGUGUCAGCUUUGGCAAGGAGGUCAUCCACUACCGCAUCGUCUACGAGGAGAACAAGCUGACCAUCGACAACACCAUCCGCUUCUGCAACCUCAUGGAUAUGAUUGAGCACUAUACGAAGGAGCAGGGAGCACUUUGCACCAAGCUGGUGAAACCUAAACCAAAACCAGGGACAAAGUCUGCUGAGGAGGAGCUGGCCAAAGCCGGCUGGUUACUGAAGCUGCAGCACCUGACGUUUGGCCACCAGAUAGGGAAAGGCGAGUUUGGAGACGUGCUGCAAGGAGAGUACAUGGGGCAGAAAGUGGCUCUGAAGAACAUCAAGUGCGAUGUCACUGCUCAGGCCUUCCUCUCUGAAACCGCUGCCAUGACGAAAGUCCGGCACAAAAACCUGGUGUGCCUGCUAGGUGUGAUCCUGCACAACGGCCUCUACAUUGUCAUGGAGUUCAUGAGCAAGGGGAACCUGGUCAACUACCUGCGCUCGCGAGGCAGAUUGGUCGUCCAGGUUAAGCAACUCAUCCAGUUUGCCCUGGAUGUCUCGCAGGGGAUGGACUAUCUUGAGUCCAAGAAGCUGGUGCACAGGGACCUUGCCGCGCGCAACAUCCUGAUCUCGGAGGAGAAUGUGGCCAAAGUGAGUGACUUUGGCUUGGCCAAUGUUGAUCCAAAAGGCGUGGACACCACGAGGCUGCCGGUGAAGUGGACGGCUCCGGAGGCCCUGAAACACAACAAAUUCUCAACCAAAUCGGACGUCUGGAGCUAUGGGAUCCUCCUCUGGGAAGUGUUCUCCUACGGCCGGGCGCCUUAUCCCAAGAUGGCCCUGAAAGAAGUGAGUGACAUGGUGCAGAAGGGGUACCAGAUGGGGGCCCCUGAUGGCUGCCCACCCUCCAUCUACAACCUAAUGAAGAACUGCUGGGAGCUGGAGCCAGGGAAGCGGCCUUCCUUCAAGAAGCUCACUGAAAAGUUGCAGAAGGCACUGACGCAUACAGACAGCGCUUAGCCCUGCCGGCUCCUGCUCCCCGCCCACAGCAGCACUGGGCAGGGGAGCUGCACGCCGCCUCUGCCCUUGCCAGGGACCAAAGCACAGUGCACGGGACUCCCUUGGUGCCGGGACUGGUCCAGUGGGUUCUGGUGGCUGUCUCAGCUGGCAGUGAUGGCGAGGUUGGGGCGCCCACGUCAGAGCUCCUCCUCUUCCCCCUCCUUCUCGGGUCUGACACACCCAGAGAGAUGACGAUGUCCCUCCAAGUCCCCACACAAGGCGGGAGUGGACCUGACAUAGACUCAUUUGGAUGCAGCGCCAGCGAGCAUGUGCGCAGGCUGCCAAUGCACACCCACACUGGCUGGGGGGUGAGAGUAAUAUGGUACAAGCUUGCAAGGGGCAUGGGCUGGGAUCAUGGUGCCAAGUCUUAGUCGCACCCUGAUUUCUGGCUCACUGGUUUGUGGCUGUCGGAGGGGCAGGGGUUGUCACAGGGACAGCGGGGAGGCCAGGACCCCUCUGAUUGCCACCUCCAGCUCCUGGGCAGCAGGAACAGCGGCAGCCAUUGCUCGAAGCCAGCAGUGCACCUUUGUGGCCAGUACUCAUGCCAGCAGCACCCAGUGCUGUAGCUCCCCUCACCCCGAGGGCAGGGGGCUUCUCACAUGAGGCCUUGUCGCAAGGCUUGGCAUGUAUGGGGGAGAACAAGGAGAGCUAUUCUAGAGCCCAAACCAGCUCUCUCCGUACCGCUGCAGCCAUUCUAGACUAGAUUGGCUAAAGCCUGGCAUCUGGGGAUGGAAAAGACCAGUUACGGUCCCUGUCCUUCCCCAGGAGGGGCUGUUAGCAAUCCCCCUGCCCUGGACAGGCCACAGGAAAGGGGGCUGGGUAUCUUCCCACCUGCCAGACCCACUUCCCCACCUUUGCGCAGGUGUUUUCACAGCUAGGAGCUGUGAUACUUUCAGGCAGCGUAGGGCUGGGAGGGGGCUCAGGCCUGGCCUUCCGGGGGUGCGGGAGUGGACCUGAGUACCUGGGUGCAGGGUCCUCACUGGAGAGGAGCUGCUGCUCCCUGGUGAUCAGCCCGAGACCUGGGUGUCAACAUGCCCCAACUGAUGUGUGUUUCCAAGCGUUUUCUUGGUGUUUCUGGUUUUAAACAUUGUCCAUGACAGUAAAUGCAGAGAAUACUACA